CAGAGCUGCCCCGGAUAAAGGCGGCUGGGAGCAGAGCGGGAUGCCGGUGCUCAGCGCGGUGCCGUUCCUGAAGCCCACCCACCCUCAGGGCCCACGCCGUUCUCCCGGCCGCCAGCGCCGGCACACGCUGCCUGCCAGCGAGCUCCGCUGCCUCAGCCCCGAGGAUGCCGUCAGCGUGUUUGAGAUCGAGAGGGAAGCCUUCAUCUCCGUCUCCGGUGACUGCCCGCUGCACCUGGAUGAGAUCCGCCAUUUCCUGACGCUGUGCCCGGAGCUUUCCCUCGGCUGGUUCGAGGAAGGGCGCCUGGUGGCCUUCAUCAUCGGCUCCCUGUGGGACCAGGACCGGCUCAGCCAGGCGGCGCUGACCCUGCACGAGCCGCGGGGCACGGCGGUGCACAUCCACGUGCUGGCCGUGCACCGAACCUUCCGCCAGCAGGGCAAGGGUUCCAUCCUGAUGUGGCGAUACCUGCAGUACCUGCGCUGCCUGCCCUGCGCCCGGCGCGCCGUGCUCAUGUGCGAACAUUUCCUCGUGCCCUUCUAUGAGAAGUGCGGUUUCAAAGCUCUGGGUCCCUGCCAGGUGACGGUGGGCACGUUGGCCUUCACUGAGAUGCAGCACGAGGUGCGGGGCCAUGCCUUCAUGCGCAGGAACAGCGGCUGCUGAGCCCUGCAGCCCAGUUACGCACCAGCCGGGGGGAGGAAGAGGGCAGGGAGCGAAUAUUGUGAGCCCUCUCCACCCUCACCUCGGCUGCACAUCUUUCCCUGCUGGCCCCAGCCACAGCUCCCUGCCCACACAUCUGCCUUUUGGCCAAGGGAUGAGCGUGGCCCCAGCUCAGCCCUGUGCCUCACUCUCCUAGCGCUGGGGAAUAAUUCAGCCUGCAAGCACCGAGCCUGCACCCCCCCCCCCUCCCCCCUUCUAUAGUUGGGGCUGUGAAGGGGAGCCCAGGAAGGCUGUGCAACCAAAGGAUCCGCUAGGGAUGGAAAGAGCCUCUGCAGAGCCUGUAAGCCUUGAGCCCCUUGUCCAGGGUCCCCUUCCCCAGCACAGCCCAACACCAGGCAUGAGGCCAAGCCCUGCUCUGAGCAGCCCUUGCAGCCACCCCUCACACCCAAAGACACCUUUACAGCGUGAGACUCCCAGGGUGCCCCCCACCCACGGCUACCCCAAAUCACACAGCCAGGAUCCUCCCUGCAGGGCCAGUC